AUGAUGGGAUUGAGGUGUUGGGGGUGGAGUGGGACAAGUGUAUUCGGACGGGGGGGGGCUGAUGGCCCAUUGGCUUUUAAUCUUAUCGUUGCCGCUAUGUGGAGUUCUACAUUUCGAGAAUGGGAUGUGCUAGGUAUAGGCUAUCGUAUUGAGUUUGCUACAUGUUCGACUAGCUGUGUUUCGGCUAUUAAUCACUUCCUUUGGGCAGAUAACUGCUAUGUUCUGGCUCGGAGUCGGGAGGAGCUCACUCGCAUGCUACGCGGCCGAACUAUGCAUUUACAUGAAUACAGUAUGAGAUGGAAGGCGUCCAGUCUAUUGUACAUAUUGUUCGGUGCUGCUCCUCCGCGUGACGUUGAAGGGGAAAUGCUACUGCCAGCGGAUCUUGUUCUUUCGAUGGGGACAGAAAGCUCUGGAGUUUAUCGUUUCAGGAGAGUGAAGGAGAUGGAGGUACUUGGGGCUCAUAUUUGUUUUGAACUACAUGUGAACGGGCACCCAGAUCUGGGUGCGAGUAUUGACUUGGCUCGGAUGGCCUUCUGGGGCCGGGCGUCCUUCUUCCGCUCCACGGCCAUUCCGUUGAAAGAUAAGUACGAGAGAUACGCACAUAGAGUUCAGAGUAUCUUGCUUUAUGUUGCAGAAGGUUGCACUGUUGAUUCUUAUUCCUUGGGAGCUUUGCAUAGCUUUGAAGGUGAAUGUUUGGCUGUCAUGUGUCAUUGUGUACGGAGGGAGGAGGGCAGUUAUCAGGGGUGGAAUACGAGGAGGUAUGAAAGGGCAAGGCACGAGUUUCAUGAUGCACAGUAUGCGAGUAUUGUACAGAAGUUCCUCCGUGUGCACUGGCUGUGGCCUAUUGACGUUGCCGAUUUUGCCCACGAGCUGCUCACGAAUCAGGAGGCGCUCGAGACAAAUUCGACACGAGCGUGGGGGGGCUCUCGUUUCACCUGCCUGGCGUUUGGCCGGCUGUGGGAUAGAAAGAGAACUGAUUCAAGCGAGGCUCUCAGAUGUCUGGGGAAAUGGAAGGAGGCCAGCUCAUUAAAACGACGUCGUGGGGGACAGGAGAGUGUCGGUCUUCGUUCGUGGUAUCGCUCUUUGGAAUCGUUUUGCGGUCUCUCCUGGUGGGAAUCGUUCGUCGGGGGCUUCGAACACUUCAUGGGCUAUGCCGCACAUGUAUGUUUCAACAGUAUGUUGACGUACUUCCAGAAGAAAUGCAAAGGAUUGGCGUCUUCGGGGGUGCUUGUAUUCUUGAAUGCUGAUGAGGAUGGGGGGUUCAUAUCGGGCAGGAUCGGGAGGACACACCUGCAUAUAAGGAACGACUUGGCAGACGUAUUGCGUUGCAUAACAUGCGUUGUACACAAUGGGACCUCGAAACGGGAGGGAUACCAUUAG